GACCCUUGACAGAUCACCUCUACCCCUCUCUGCGUUCCCUGGUCUCCUCUGUCUCACUCAUCGGGGUCGCAGUAUGUUAGCGACAAUCGCUAUUUGGAGUUUCCUUGUGCUAUUUGUGCUCAACCGAGUAUACCGAGCCGGUUCACGAGAGUCGGGUCUACCUCCUGGACCACCUACUCUACCUGUCUUAGGAAACACUCACCAGAUUCCGACUAAGUUUGCCUAUCUUCGAUUCGCAGAAUGGUGCAAGCAAUACGGUGGAAUAUUCUCGUUAAAGCUUACUUCGCAGACAAUCAUUGUAAUCUCUUGUCCACGUCUAAUACAUGACUUCAUGGACGAGCGCGGAGGAUCUAUGGUCGAUCGACCUCCGUCAAGGAUCGCAGAGAUGACUACCAAUGGGGUGCACAUGGCGCUGGCACGAAGUGGCCCGUUGUGGAAGUCUCUGAGGCGAACAGCACUUCUUUUGCUGAAUCGUGAAGCCUGCUUGCAGCACAUGCCUAUCCAACAGGCUGAGGCAACCCAAUUGAUGUACGAUUUACUGAAACAGCCGGAGGACUUCGUUGAACACAUCGAAAGAGCAACAGCUUCCAUCAUGCUCUCUACAGUCUUCGGUGUUCGAACCCCACGAUACUCAGAUAGCUUUGCAUCCCGUUUCUCUUCAGUCCAACACAAAUGGCAAGCUCUGCUCGAACCUGGUGUUCAUCUGCCUGUUGAUAUUUUCUCUGCCUUGGAGUACAUUCCAGAACGUUGGGCCUCAUGGAAGACUAUUAGCCGAGAUGUGCGGCAGCAGCAAAGGAAAUUGUACUACGAUCUCAUGAAUGACUGUGAACGCCGAAUUGGGGAAAACCGCCGGAAUGGUUGUUUUCUAGAAGAUGUUAUAGACCAACAGGGAAUGCUCGGAUUAACUACGGAUAUGGUUGCAAUAUCAAGAUAUCUAGGAGGGGUUUGUCUUGAAGGAGGCGCUGGCACCGCUGCUAUAUCCCUGCAAAAAUUCGUGCUCUGCAUCUCUCGGUAUCCUGACGUACAAGCUCGAGCCCAGAAAGAAAUAGACGACUUCAUUGGGUUCACUAGGUUGCCAAGUAUCCAAGACAUCGAGCACUUGCCUUACGCUCAGGCCGUAAUCAAGGAGGUACAUCGCUUUUACCCUAUUGCACCGUUAGCAGUCCCUCACUUUACUACUGUGGACGAAUCUAUUGAUGGGUACUUCAUACCUAAAGGCUCGGUCAUCUUCAUGAACGUCUACGCUGUAUACCAUAGCGAGGACUCAUAUGAGCAGCCUGAAGUUUUCAUGCCGGAACGUUAUCUUGGAUCCGAGUUCGGGACAAAGCCAGGUGCAGAUACCACUGGUUUUCGUUCUGACUUCCACUUUGGGAACGGAAGGCGCAUUUGCCCGGGAAUUCACCUUGCUAACAAUGCUAUCAUCAUGAACAUCAUGAACCUUCUGUGGGGUUUCAAUUUCUCUAUUGCCGACAAAGGCAGUCAUGACUCCCCCGUUCCCAUUCAGCCUGAAGAUUUCACACCAGGCCUUACCAUUAGACCAAAACCGUUCAAAUGCAACAUCCAGCCUCGUAGCGAUAAACAUGCCGAGCUGAUUCGGGAGGCGUAUGCUCAUGCAAGGCCAACCUUCAGCAUGUUCGAACAAGAGUUGACACCGAGCGAGCAGAAGUUCGUCGAGGACUGGUGAUCAGUGUCUGGCGUCCAGUUAUGAUAGGCCUAUCGUUCGAUUGUACGCGUUUGUUUUGACAUUUGGAGAAUCUGACAUGCCUUGUCUCCAUCAGCGUUAUUGAGGUGAUCUCUUGCAGCUCUGUGGCCUGAUGGUGGCUCAAUGUCAUUGUCAGCCUAUUGAGAAAUUCUUUAAGUCGUUCAAUGACCUCACUUUUGAGCCAAAGUGGCGUUCCAGCCCCCC